GGCGGUUCCCUCCUUGAUUUAUGGGCCUGCAACUAAACUUGAAAGUCUGCGGUGGCCCGCUCCGCUCAUGAAGGGCCCAAAUGCAGCGAAAUAUUUGCACAAAUAUAGUCAGCAGUUGUUGAGGAGCAUUAAAACUACGAUGGGAUUUGCAUGCUGUAGGUCGAGGAAUAGUGCUCAAGGAAUGUAUGCGGACAGAUUACGUCUCUGAUCAGCGGUGUUCUGUUCGAUGAGACUGGGAGAGGCCGGUUGAAGCAAGGCCGGCGGAGUGGAGGUGUCAUUUCAGCUUGAAACAACGUGUUGCUUGUAUGAUAUCGGACUGAAAUUUAAUCCCUUUCGAUUAAAGCGUUGGUUAAGGACAGUAUUCCUGGAGACUGGUGAAACGUCGAGCAUUCUUCAAUGCAUUUUGGUGACAGUCAGUCAUUUUCAAGUUGCUAAUGUUACUCGGAUAGCUUAAGUGGGAUAGCUAGCGAGUUGGCUUACAAGCUAUCUGAUGUUGUUUAGGAGCUAACGUUAACUCCUAGCUUCAUCCAGAUUUGAUGCAACCAAAAUGGAAACAGUAGUUAACGAAUGGAUUCUGAUAUCAUGGCCCAUCAGGAUGAAUUCAAACCUAUAACAAGCUUUGCCACGUGUUGGAUCUGUCCUUAUUGUGGGGCUUGAUGGUUUCAAAGUAUAGGCAACGUUUGGAGUUUGUAUAAAGGUAGCCAGCUAACCUCAGCUAGCUUGCUAGCUAACAAACAAGGUUCGUUAGAGAGAGCAUGGAUGGGCGUAGCGGGUUCAGCUUUACGUGCUAGCUAGCUAGCUGUCCAAGGCAAAACGCUAGUAGAAAGCAGGCGUUGCUUGUUUUUUUUACGGCAAGUUGCUGAUAUUUUUGUCUUAUGUUCAACUUUUUUAAAUAUUUCGUUGCUAUACUUGAUUUGGCGGCCGCUGUCCAAACAACUACCGUGCGUGGAGGGAUUUGUAAGGUGUAACGUUAGCCGUUUGAUUUAUGUAGCUUGUGAACAAACACCUAUAGGUUGGGUCAGGCACAUAGCUACACCCAAAUGAAGGAGUAUAAAGUGGUUGUGCUGGGCAGUGGUGGCGUCGGCAAGUCCGCGCUAACCGUCCAGUUUGUCACUGGCACAUUCAUUGAGAAAUAUGACCCUACCAUAGAGGAUUUCUAUCGGAAAGAGAUUGAAGUUGAUUCGUCUCCGUCAGUGUUGGAGAUUCUGGACACCGCAGGAACCGAGCAGUUUGCAUCGAUGAGAGACCUGUAUAUAAAAAACGGCCAAGGCUUUAUCCUAGUUUACAGUCUGGUCAACCAACAGUCAUUUCAGGACAUCAGACCCAUGAGGGAUCAGAUUGUGAGGGUGAAACGUUUUGAGAAAGUCCCGCUCAUCCUGGUGGGCAAUAAAGUGGAUCUGGAGUCUGAGCGAGAGGUGGCGGGCUCGGACGGCCGUGCGUUGGCUCAGGAGUGGGGCUGCCCGUUCAUCGAGACGUCAGCCAAAAGCAAGACCAUGGUGGAUGAGCUGUUUGCGGAAAUUGUGAGGCAAAUGAACUACGCAACACUGCCAGAGAAACAAGAGCAAUGCUGCACAGCUUGCGUGGUGCAGUGAAGACACUGCUCUGUACAACCAUACUACCCCCUCCACCCCAGACACAUUACCUGGCAGUCUGCUUCAAUGACGCCAGACCCCAUCAGUCACACCAGCGACACUACGCCUGCACACUUCUGAUGCUGGUUGGCUGCUGAGGCCAGUUUUGCCCCAAGGAAGGCAACAAAAGGGGCUUGAACUUCUCCAACCCCUUGAUAGCCUGACUGUCGAGCACACUCACCUACAAAUGCACUGGCCUUUUGGGUGAUAUGGGAAAGACCUAAUACAACACAUAGCAAAGAAAGACCGUAGGGGAUAGGUGACAUGACAGGGCUAUUGGUUUUUAGUAUUUUUCAAAAGGGGGUUGGGCUGAUGAGCUAUUUAAGCUCAUGGCUAAAGCACCCUGUAGGUGCUCAGCCAUAUAUAUAUAUAUAUACCCUGUGUUUAAAUAUUUUAAAUUUGGUAUAUAAUUUUAAGUGACAACAGUCUACAGGUUUGACACCUGUGCUAUCUGUAUUUUUUUACAAUGUAUGCUUUUUUUUUUCUCCCUUCUCUUCUUUAAUAAUCUAUUUAUUAAAACCUUUAAUUAUUGUGGUAGCUACUUAUUGCCUUUUAUUUUGUAUUGGUGGUUGUUUUGCUUUUGUGACCGCAGUAUGCUUUGUUUCUGAAGUGGAGCAUUAACGACGCCUUAAAUGAUUUCAGUCUUCAA